AUAUAACGUGGCGUUUUCACCUCUCGUUUUGGGACCUUUUCGGGUACAUUUUAGCCGUCCCAUAUCAAUCGCUCCAAAAUUAGGAACACCCUGUUUUCCAAAACCCCAAUUUUAUCGUCGACUCGAUUCGAUUCGAUUCGUCUCCUAACUCGUAGUUAGUUUGCUGUGGUUAAGCCCUUUUUCGGCUGCUAAGGAAGAGAAAGGAGAAGAGAUAUGGCUUCUUUUGCUAUGAAGGCAAUAGCGGAGAGGGCAGGCCCUGCAGUUAGAAAGCAGGCCCUAACUUUAACAGAUUCUGCCGCCGCUCGAAUUCGCCACCUUCUUAGCCUCCGCCAACGCUCCUACCUUCGUCUCGGUGUUAAGGCUCGGGGUUGCAAUGGCUUAUCCUACACGCUCAAUUACGCUGAUGAGAAGGGAAAGUUUGAUGAGCUUGUCGAAGAUAAAGGUGUCAAGAUAUUAAUCGAUCCAAAAGCUCUAAUGCAUGUAAUUGGGACCAAUAUGGACUUUGUCGACGAUGCACUCAAGUCAGAGUUUAUAUUCGUUAAUCCUAAUUCAAAAGGGCAGUGCGGCUGUGGCGAAUCGUUUAUGACAACAAGCAGUUCUCCAGCUUCUCGAUCAGGUAGUUCAUAGAUCAUAAAAUUAUUGGUGAUCAGCUAAACAUGGCUCUUUUUAAAAAAAAAAAAACUCGAGUGCCACUGCGUGAUGUAUCAUUUGUACAUGAAGUUGUUCUUUUUCCCGCGAUAUCUCUAUUUAGAUGAAGGAAUUGUUAGUAGAAUAAAAAACAGAUUCAAACACUUACCACUGUACAAAGAUAUGUUUAUGCUCGCUCUUGUAUUACUAGAGGAAAAGAAAUUGUAUUUCCUUCUUAUGAUGAUUCUAUUUUGCGAGCUUAUUGCUCUUUCUAGU